AUGGCCGCAGCUCCUGCUUCUGCGACGCUCGCCAUCUGCGAAUCUCCUCCGCCCGAGGAUUCGCCUGCCAAGGUUGAAGCCGCGCUGGAGUCAUCCGCAACUCCGGGCCCCAGGUCCUCGACCCCGAUCCGCACCUCUAGUCAUGAUGUGACCGAUGCCCCGGAGGGAGCCUCUAUUCACACCACGGAUGGCCGCGUCAAGAACCCUGUGCCCAGCAAGCUCAAGGGCAAGGCCGACAACAAAAACGGCAACUUUGGCGUCAUGCACAUCGAUAUAAAUAGCUCACAGGCCGCCCUGCGAAACGCUGCCGCAAAGCGCACGAGUGAGGAGACGGAGGCGGCAGCGAGACUGGCCAACAUGCGCGGCUACCAAUCUAUCAAACGUAGCAAGCUGGCGUGGAUUCCGCCCACCGAAACCGAUCCGCGCUCUUCCGCCCCGGCCUAUGGGGCUUCGCAAAACGGCUAUCUGAAUCCCUCCUACCCUCUACCUACCCGUAAUCUGGGACCUUUGCCGCACGAGGCCAAGGCUGAGCAGGCUCGCCUUCUCACUUUAUUACGCAGCUUGAAUCCCGUCGUGGUGGUGGAUCAGCUCUGUAAAGCACUGGCCUACUUUGGUGGCAUCCCCGGUGCUCCUUCAUCACACGAUUCGGGCUUCCCAGAAAGCGGACACAACAAUGGCCAGGGAUCCAUUUUCGUCGGCUGGGUCGCCGAGAUAUUCCCUCCAGUCGAAGGGAAUCCAUCAGCUAUAGCACCACAUCCGUCUCUCCAGAGUGAUAUUGUCUCUGCUGCUGCUGCUGCCGUGGCUGUUGCUGCCUCAGACAUACCCUCGUCAACUCAACCCCCAACUCUAUCUCAUUCCGCUACUGCCCCUGCCGCUCCAUCAUCCUCUACGGAUGUUGCAGCAGAUCCUUCACAGCUCUCAGAGACGCAGAAUGCAGCUACUGCCACUCCUGUCAAAAGACCGCGAGGACGGCCAAAGGGGAGUAAAAGCUCCAAGCCUCGCAUAGACAAAGGCAUCAAGAAGUCUGAUAUGGCACACCAUUCAUCCAGCCAAGUUGACGCGCUCGGCUCGCAAAAUUCACUUGGUCUAUCCCAAUCUGAACCAGGAUCCAGCGAGCAAACUAGAAAUGGGCUUGUUCAUCCCGCGUAUCAUGCUGAUAUUUCAACGCAUCUCGACCCUGAUUCUAGUAUCAUGAGCACUCCUGGGACGGGUAAAAAGAGAGGUCGACCUAAAGGAUCCAAGAAUCGACCAAAGAAUACCCCCGAAGCCGGCCAAGUGACUGCGGAUACCCCUCACGGCCUGCUACCGGCAUCGACAACCUCCAAUCCAGUUGCACCCUCCCCCUUAUCACAUAAGACAACGGGGAGUCUGAAUAAUAUUUCCUCUUUUGCGAAUACGAUGCCUCCCAGAGUAGAGCAGCAACAGCACCCCUCGCCCACGAUGCAAGAGAGUGUAGUGGCGCAACACACCGGACAUAUGGCUGUGCGAACUCCUCAGACGAGCCAAACAAGUGCUAUUCCGGCUGUGAGUAGCUGGGCUGGAUCGGCAAUGCAGUCUCUGGAUCAAUUUCGCUCCAUCAAUAACCACUCGCAUCUUAAGAAGAGAAAAGUCGGCGAUCCUGUACAGGUGGCUAGGGACUCACUCUCGGCAAUCACAGCACCCGACGUUUCCUCUCAGAUUCGACACGGCGAUGAGACUUCGUUACAGAUGGCUGCUUCUGACCCAAAUAAUAUGAAACGUCGGCGGGUAUCUAGAGAAUCUCUUCAGAACCCCAUGUUCAACAAUAUUGAUUCUCAAUCUGGCCGAGUCGGCAUGACUACGUCACCCAUACUUAACAAUACCUACAACAGCAUCUCUCAGGCCAUGGCCACCAAUAACUUUGAUAGCCAGUUGGCUAGUGCUGCGGUUAGGAAAGCUUCGAGCCAGCAGCAUCUGCAACAGCAACAUCACCCUCAACGAUCGCCGACGCAGCCUCAGAGCCAGAGCCAAAACCAAUCGCUUCAAACCCAGCAACAGUCCCAGCAGUUUACAUCUCAGCGGCCUCAGCAGACCACAGGGAUGCGUCCUCCGCCACAACUUCAGCAAGGAGGGCAUAUGCCGUCGGGAGCCUCAAGGUCCAGAGGGCCAGGCCAGAUGUACGGAAACAGCUCAACGAACAUGGCCACACAAGGCUUCUAUGGCCAGACAAGACAGCUGCCGGGCCAGCUAGGGCACGUAACCAGCGCUGGCGGCAGCUUUGCUAGAGGCGCAAGCAGCGGUCAAGCAUCACAAUUUGGGUCUUCCAACAUGGCGAGGCAGAGCUCCGACGAAGCUCGUGCCGCCAGCUUGUCCCAGCAAGCGUCUCUAGCUAUCUCGCGCAGCCAGUCGGGACAGCAGCAAACGCCCACAGCUCGCCACCCGUCUUCUGGCUUCACCAACGGCCAGCAAGUUCCCGCAACGUCGGCGUCAGCGCCCACGACGUCUAGCCUGAGCCAGUUCCAGACCUUUGCAGAGCACAGCUACCUCGACAUGGACUACGGCCUGAACGAGCGCGACGUCCAAGAUGCCGCCGCCGCGUUUGGCGACUCUACGCAGCUUGAGGCUGCGCUGGCCGAACCGAAUAUGAGAGAGAGGCUUUACCAGGCCAUGGCUAAUCGCUAG